UAGGAUAGGAGGGAGGGCAGGGGCAGAGAGGUGGGGAGGAGUAGAGGCGUUGUAACUGUCAGUUGUGUUCCUCAUUCUCGUCAACAUCGGCUGUUGCAGACUGACUAUAAGCGAUUAGCAGUUUUGGGGUACUUUGAGAUCUCAGUCAAUGUACGGAACUAUGUAAUAUAAAUAAGUAUUGUUCUCCCUAACAGAACACCAAAUAUCACAGCGUAAAGUUUACUGCCUUGCACUUUGGUAACUGUGUCGGUGAUGGUAAGGCAGACUGAGUAAGCUACUUUGGGUAACCUACACCUAAAUAGAUCAGUUGUUUUUAACGAUUUUUAUUGCGAAGUUUCCUCUUCCCAAUGUUCACCUAUCAUUGUGUGUGAAAAAGCUUUGUUGGAAGCAUCCAGGACAGCGCUUUCUUUCAUGGAGAGGUAGGGCUGAUGCUGCCAAUCUGUGAAACUGAUCGGACUUGUUGCGCGAAAAACACGUCCCUCUGGAAUGCAUAGUAUUUUAGGUAAACCCGUUAUCAAAACCAAUUUACAUUUAAGUCUGCGCGUGUCAGUGGUGUUUUGAUUUCCCAACAGGGCACAUUUCCGAUUGUCUAUAGUGGGUGUUCCCCACCCAAUCCUUUGAUUCUAUACCAGAUAGUAGGAUAUACAAGUCAGGUCGACUUUGUGGACACUGGAGAGCGAACAUGAGACUGGAUGUGAUGGACUUUCGGCAUAAUUAAGGACAUUUAAGUAAUUCACCUACCCGACUGCCGGACCGGGGACGCUCUAACGGACUAACGGAAUCGCCCGAGGCCAGAUGAGCUGGAGUCCGGUUCCGUGAUUUAAUGUUUUUGGAAAGGCGCAGCAGACCCCUCAAUACCCGGGCACUUCUGUAAAUAAAUGGCACCCAUAAAAAAACAACGACCAACGCAGACUUACUCCGAGGCAAUACGUAACAUUUUGUGAUUUCCUAACCUGAAACUUGAACUUGGGCUUCUGUUGAGAAGAUGUCGGAGCAAGAGCAUUAUGGGGACGGUCUGUGCGAUGAUGGAGCUCCUGAGAUCAUCCCGCCGAGAGCGUCCAGGACGGGGAGGCGGAGCGGAGUCAUCCUCCCCGGCCAGGACAACGAUACCAUCGUCCUGGAGGCAGUGAGGGCGGCCCCCCGCAGGAGCAGCAUCAUCAAGGAUCCUUCAAUGCACAAGUUGGCCGGCGGGCGCAAGAAGACAGUGUCCUUCAGUAGCAUACCCUCAGAGAAGAAGGUGAGCAGUGCGGCCGACUGCCUGGCCUUCAUGCAGGGGGGCUGUGAGCUGAAGAAGGUGCGUCCCAACUCCCGGAUCUACAGUCGUUUCUACACCCUGGACCAGGACCUCAGCUGCUUGCGCUGGGAGCCCUCUAAGAAGGAUGGGGAGCGCGCCCGCCUGGACAUGGCCACUAUCAGGGAGGUUAGGACGGGGAAGAGCACUGAGACCUUCCUCCAUAACGGACCUGCUGCAGAACACCUGGCUGAGGAGGCAGCCUUCUCUAUCAUCCACGGGGAUGAAUACCAGUCUCUGGACCUGGUGGCUCUUUCAGCUGACGUGGCCAACAUCUGGGUGACAGGGCUCCGUUACCUGGUGUCCCACCCCUCUGCCAUCGGGCAUGGAGGGGGGGCAGGCGGGGGAGGAGGUCUGGGAGAAGGGAGCAUCAUAGGGGAGGGUAGCCUCGGCAGUAAGAUGAGGAGUGAAUGGCUGGCCACAGAGUUUGCCGAGGUGGAUGAAGACGGGUAUGGGAUCGUCGUAGAGGAUACGGCCGUGGCAACCAUCUGUAAGCUGUGUCCUGGCAUCAAGGAGGCUAAGGUGCGUCUGAGGUUCAAGGAGAUCCAGCGCAGCAAAGAGAAGCUGACGUCUCAUGUGACACGUGAGGAGUUCCAGGAGGCCUUCUGCGAACUCUGCACGCGCCCAGAUGUCUAUUUCCUAUUGGUCCAGCUCUCUAAGGACCGCGAGUGUCUGGACGCCCAGGACCUUCGUCUCUUUCUGGAGACGGAGCAGGGCCUGUCCCUGGCCACAGCUGAGGGCUGUUUGGAGCUGGUCCUACGCUUUGAGCCCUCCAGACCAGGCCGAGAGAGAGGCUUGCUGGGGCUUGAUGGCUUCGCCCGUUACCUGCAGUCUCCAGAGUGCCAGCUGUUUGACGUGGAGCACCAGGGAGUGUGUCAGGAUAUGAGCCUGCCCCUGUCCCACUACUACAUCAGUACUUCCUAUCGGUCCUAUCUCCUGGAUGACCAGGUCCAUGGGAGGGCUGAUCUAGGGGGUUUGACCAGGGCUCUGCAGGCCGGGUGUCGUUGCCUGGAGCUGGGGGUGACAGACGGCCCAGAGGGGGAGCCUCUCCUGGGGGUAGACUAUGGUCCUGAUACCCACCGCCACCACCACCAUCACCAUCACCACCACGCCCCGGUCACUAUCCGCAGUGCUCUGGAGGUGGUGAAUAAGUACGCCUUCCUGACCUCGCCCUACCCGCUUCUGCUCUACCUGUGCCAGCGCUGUUCCCCCUCCCAGCAGCGUACCUUGGCCCAGCACCUGAGGAACGUGUUCUCUACACGUCUCUACACCCCUGAGGCCCUGCCGGUCAGCCCGGUGGGGCGAGCCACCACCCUGCCCUCCCCUGAGCAGCUGAAGGGCCGGGUGCUGCUGGUGGGGAAGAAGCUACCCCCAGAAGAGGAGGGAUCCGAGGGAGAGGUAUCAGAGGAGGAUGAGGAGAUAGGGGGAGGCGGACCCUUGGCUGGCCGGCGAAUGACCAUCCCCGGAGAGGAGGAACUGGGUGUGGUUUUAGUGGUACCCCCUCCCCCUCAGCCCAGGAGACUCCGCCUCCAACGCGAGCUCUCAGAUCUGGUGAGCGUGGCAAGAACUGGAAGCCGUAGCUUCUACAACCACCGAGAAAUAAGGAAACAAGGACAGCAGCACUCCCCACCCAGCACCCCCUCAACCCCGGGCACGCCCUUACUCCCUGAUUCGGCCUAUUGGACUCUGUGCUCCCUGGGGGAAGGAGAAGCGGGCCGGCUGGCCAGUGAGAGCCCAGAGGACCUAGUAGGCUUCACCAAGCGUACCCUGACCCGUGUCCGGCCCAGCUCCGUCCGCCUGGACUCCUCCAACCCCAACCCCCAGGGGUACUGGAAGGGCGGGGUCCAGCUGGUGGCCCUCAACCAGCAGACCCCCGGGGCCAUGCUGGACCUCCACAGGGGACGCUUCAUCCAGAACGGGGGCUGUGGCUUCGUGCUGCGCCCGGGGGUCAUGAGAGAUGAGGUUUCCUACUUCAGUGCCGUGACCCAGGGGUGUGUGCCCGGCGUGCCACCUCAGACCCUCAGGGUGAAGGUGAUCAGCGCCCACAACCUGCCCAAGCCGCAGGGUGCUGGGGCCAAAGGAGAGGUUAUAGAUCCCUACGUGGUUCUGGAGCUACAUGGGGUACCAGCGGACUGCGCUGAGCAACGGACCCGGACCGCCGCACAGAACCAGGAUGGCCCACUGUUUGAUGAGACAUUUGAGUUUCAGGUGAACAUGCCAGAGUUGGCGCUCCUCCGCUUCGUAGUAUUGGACGACGACUACAUUGGAGACGACUUCAUUGGCCAGUACAGCGUGGCCUUCGAGUGCCUUCAGCCGGGCUACCGCAAUGUGCCCCUGCUGGGUCUGGAGGGAGACCCCUUGCCCCACGCUAGCCUGUUCGUCCAUGUUACCGUGACCAACCGACGAGGGGGGGGCAAGGCCCAGAGGAGGGGUCUGUCUGUGCGGAGAGGGGUGUGGCGGGGGCGAGAGUACGUGACCCUACGGAACACGGGUAUUAAAGCUCUGGAUGAUACAUUCCGUCCCGCUAACACCCAUCUCAGAGAGGCCACAGACCUGCGGGAGGACGCACAGAGUGCAAGUGUGAGUUUCAAAGAGCAGUGUGGACUCCCCCCGGUGGCAAAGCUGAAGCAGUGCAUCCAGAGCCUGGCCACACGGUUGCAGACCCCAGAAGGGCCCCCGGGGGCCAGCAUGACCCUGAGGGAUGGCUACCCCCACCUGGAGGCCCUGGGCAGCAUCACCGAGGUCACGCGCAAACUACUGAAUCACUAUGAUACGAUGAUCUCAGCCAAGAAGCAGCUGAUCGAGAAUGCAGACGCUGUGCAGGAGAGGAUGGCCCAGGUGCAGAGAGAAGGAAUGGAGUUCCACGAGGAGCUGCCCAGGCUGGGAGAGAAGGAGGGGCUGAAGGGGCACAAGCAGAGUAAAGCCCUGGAGAGUUUCACCUGGAAUAUUACUGUACUGAAGGGUCAGUGUGAUCUCCUGCGCAGUGCCAAGGUAGACUCUCUGGAUGGUCUGAGACAGUUGGCCCUGGCCUGUGAAGCCUGUGGCCUCACCUCCACGACCUCCUCCUGCACCUCUUUUGGUCCCUCUGAUCUCUUCUACACCUCCCACAGCAGGAGGGGCAACUCCCAGGAGAGGAGAGGAAGCACCCAGGAGAGGAGGGGAGUUGUGAUUGUGAAAACACGUUGUUCUUAGGUAUGAAACCUUUGCUGUGGAGAGGACGAGUGAAGAGUCUCUGUCCUUCUGAACCCACCUAAUUGAUCCCUCGGGAGGAUGUGAUGUCACGCUGUUGAUGCCUUGAGGGCCCGUCUCACCAUGGAUACCACAGGGGGUUGAGUGACAGGUGACCCUCCCAGUGUCCCACCGACACAGCUACUGUUACACCCAGCCCCUCUCUCCUUCCUUACCCCUCUUUAUCUCCUUCACCCAGUACCCUCGGUACAUGGAGUGUUUUGAAUGUCUAGCCUGUCUUGCGUACCCCUCAUCUUCCCUGAGAGACCCCACCAGGUAUCCUUUCCUGAGAAGAUGGGAGGAGGCAGAUGUGUUGGUAGUUUUACAUGACAUGGCUUAACCCUGCUUCAGGCUGCUAUGUCCUACCUGAGACCAUACACAGGUGUCAGAUGGCUAGGGGCUAACAGUGUCACAGUAUCACAACAUCACAGUAAGGUCUGGAAGACAACCUGAAGACAACCUGAAAUAAGAGGACCUGUUGAGUGUGAUUGAUUGAUUGAUUAUUUGAUUGUGUUUAAAAGGCUUCAUUGAUUAGUUGGGCAGCAGGUAGCCUAGUGGUUAGAGCGUUGGGGCAGUAACCAAACGGUUGCUUGUUCGAAUUGAAUUCCUGAGCUGACAAGAUGGAAAAAAUCUGCCGUUCUGCCCUUGAGCAAGGCAGUUAACCCCCACAACAACUGCUCCCCGGGCGCCGAAGACGUGGAUGUCGAUUAAGGCAGCCCCUCACACCUUUCUGAUUCAGAGGGGUUGGGUUAAAUGCAGAAGGCACAUUUUGGUUGAAUGCAUUCAGUUGUGCAACUGACUAGGUCUCCCCCUUUUCCUUUGAUUGAUAGAUGAGUAUUACCCUACACAAGGAUGUGGUUGGCAUGGCUGUGUUGCUAUGAGGGAGGGGGCCCUCUUUCUGUGUAUUGACUGAAAGUAUGUGUUGGGUUUGUCCCAGCUUAAAAACUCACUCAGCAACAGUAAAGGACUCUGACAAAGAACUACAAAAAUGGCGCGACUAGAUGCUGCAUCCUUGGUGUGCUUAUGCUGCUUGUGAUGGUCGACUGUGGGACAUGGAUGCCAUUGUUUUUCCAAUGUUAGAUUUGUGCUAUUAAGGUAGGUAAAUACUUCAUGUAAUUUAUAUUUUACUGUGUCAUAGCAUCCUUUCUCUACCAGUGGUGGCUGGUAUCACUUUAAAUUGGAGGAUGGGCCCACCAGCCUCCACUGCUCUCUACCUUUCCUACCACCUGUGAUCCAAACACAGCAAGAGGCAGAGGCCCCCAACACAACAAUAUUACACCCAGCGCUGAGAAAGCACGAUAGGGGCCUGGCAUCAAAGAGACACAGACAGUAGAGAUAAUAGAGGAUCUUACCAUAAGGUACAUGUUCAUCUCAAGGCGAGAAUGGAUUGAAUGGAAAGUAUUCCCCCAGGGCCUCCAGCAGAGCACAGGGUCUUCUGGGGCUCUGAGGUCAACGUACCUACUGUCUGUCAUUCUACAGUCUGAACAGCCAUUUCAACACACACAGCAGUUAAGUUGGGAGUAACAUUUAAAUUUGGCAUAGAAAGGAUCAUUCCUAACAUAGGUUCUUUGAUGCCGGCAGUGGUCAACCCAUUUUGACCUGCCUCUCUCCUUCUCUUGGAUGGAUGGAAUCAUUAUCAUCUGUUGCCUCCUUCACCAGCCCACCUCCACACAUCUAUCUUAAAGGCGCUGCAUGGUCAAUCCGACGUCUGCAUUGACCAUGCAGCUAUGACAGUGAUAUGGCCUCUGCAGAAGUCAGAGCCAAUUUAUGCUUGAUCCGAAAAUGUGGUUGGAGGCUUCGUAUGGAGGGUGUGAUCCCAGAGGCACGCAGAGGUCAAAUCAAGCUCCGUAAAGCAUCGCCGUGCACCUCUCAAAUGUUGUAACAAUGAGGAGGGCUCCGUAUACUGUAGCUCCGCAUUGACAUGAUUGGAUGAUGGUAGGUGAGGCCGGGAGGUCCUGCAGAAACAAAAACUCACUUCCCUGACAACUUCAUCCACAACAGCUCUGUGCUGCUCGGCGAAGUGCAACAAGUAUGAAUGACCUGACUUCUGGAAAGGCCAUAUCAAGGUAAAUGCUGCACGGCCAAUCAGACGUCGGAAUGACCAUGCAGCACUUUUCAGGUCAUUCAUACUUGUUGCACUUCGCCGAGCAGCGCAGAGCUGUUGUGGAGGAAGUUGUCAAGGAAGUUUGUGUUUCUGCAGGACCUCCCGUCCUCACCUACUAAUCAUGUCAAUGCGGAGCUAUACGGAGCCCUCCUCACUGUUACAACAUCUGACAGGUGCACAGCAAUGAGGAAGGUCACUAUACUAUAGCUCACUAUACUCAACUGGCGUGUUGAUGUUUUUUUGCAGUAUCGAAAAAUAAAAACAUGAAAUAAAUCCUCUAAUCCAACGGCACUCUGGUCCAACACCACAGUGCUGUAAUUUACUAUACUGUAGUUACUCUCUUUAACCUGCGUCUGUCUGAAACCUUAAACCUACCUGCCUUCCCCGCUCUAUGUGGUGUUUGACUUACAGUCCUUACAGCGAUGUGUUUAUGUUAUGUCUGCUUCCCAAAUGGCACCCUAUUCCCUACAUAGUGCACUACUUUAGUAGUGCAUUACUUUCGUAGUGCACUAUAUAGGGAAUAGGGUGCCAUUUGGUAUACACUCUGUAUCUAUCUGUGUAUGCGAUCUUCUCCGAUCUUCCCUUCAAACAAAAUUUUGUUUCGUUCUGUCUGCGUACGCUCAUGUUUUUGUAAAAACAAAUAUACAAAAAGAAGAGUAUUUAUUAAAGGUGGUGACGAGUGUGUUUUGAAACCAAUACAUAUUAUAUUAAAUGGACGUUGCUUUUAUUUUGAAAAGCUAGUUUGUUUUCUAUCUGAUUAACCAAAUGUAACAGUUGUACCCUUAAAUGACUAAAUAAAACUAUUUUAUUGAAA